GCUUAUCAAGAAGGAACAAACACGCCUCCAGAUUCUCUUGAGAGUAAACUGCAAGUGACCUUCAACUCCAAGGCAUGUGAAAACAGCCCCGCAUAUGAACCCGAAACAGAGCCAGCGCCACAGAACAGCGAUGAAACCCUUUACUGUGAGGCCGAGGCGUCCGUGGGCGUGGAUAAAGACAAGGCCGCCAGGGAGAGCUCAGAAACAGACCUGGAGAUCGAAGGAAAGUGCCCAGAACCCCUGUAAAACAAGAUACGGAGAAAUUUUUCACCACCGGACAAAGGGAGCUCUACCUGGAGGCCUGCAAACUGAUGGGCGUAGUGCCUGUCUCCUACUUUCUCCAGAACAUGGAGGAGUCCUACAUGAGCCUCAACCACCAUGGGCUGGGCCCCAACGGUACCAAGGCUAUUGCUAUAGCCUUGGUGGUGAGCAUGACAAUGGGGGUAUAUGGAGACUGGCAGCGGUGGGGUUUGAUGGAGUGGGGGGUCCAAGACUCAGAGAGAUCCUCCAGGGGACCUUAGAUUACAGCUUUCUGCCCAACCUACCCCAAGCUCUGCUUGACUGCCAGUUGAUUUACCUCACAGACAUGUGUACCCCACUAGCUCCUGGGAAGGGGGCUACUAGGGACCAUGGCCUUGGAAGCCUAUGAACUUUCUGAUUCAGGAAGCAAAGGCAACAGCCCUAGAGCCCCCUUUGGUGGAGGUGCCCAGAAUAAGCAUACUGUCCCAGCACACCUCGGCGGGAUGGCUCGUCCCCGGGGCGGCAUCCUGCUCCAGUCCGUUCUCCGGAAGUGUUGGCCUGCAGCUCUGUGCCCUCUCAAAAGGCUGGGAGCUUAAGGGAGAGGACAAGCUCUGGGCAAGGGCAGGGAACUGAUCGGGUCACCGACUUCUUCUUUCUCCCCCUCCUCUUGUGGCGGCUGAAGUCCAACACGAGUGUGGCCACCCUGGAGCUGGCAGACAACGGUCUCAUGGAGGAGGGGCUCCUGAGCCUGGUGGAGAUGCUGCAAGAGAAUUACUACCUGCAGGAGAUGGUACUGUGGCCCUUUUGCCAGCUCCCACCCCCGCACCAGGGCUCUCGACACCACCUAGGAUGGGCCAGAGACCCCCGCCCUGGCCCCGGCCAGCCUCCAGCUUUCUGCGAUGGGCCUGGAGGCCCCUCUCCUCCAGAGAAUGUUUCCGACAAUGAUCUUGGUUUGAAGGGGGCCAGAGUCAUCUCAGAAUUCCUUCAGAGAAAUAUCUCUUCGCUCUGGAACCUCCAGCUUUCAGGAAAUAACUUCAGGGACGAAUCCGCAGAACUGUUGUGCCAAGCCUUGUCGGCCAAUUACCAAAUCAAGACGCUGGAUCUCAGCCACAACCAGUUCUCUGAUAAGGGAGGAGAGUACGUGGGCCAGAUGCUGGCCCUCAAUAUAGGGCUCCAGUCACUGGAUCUGAGCUGGAAUCACUUCCACGUACGGGGAGCUGUGGCCUUGUGCAAUGGUCUCCGGGUUAAUACGACCCUGCAGAAGCUGGAUCUCUCUAUGAACGGCUUUGGGAACGAGGGGGCUACGGCCCUGGGGGAGGUCCUCAGACUCAACAACUCCCUGGUCUACCUAGACAUCAGCUGCAAUGACAUCACCAACGACGGAGUCUCCAAAAUCAGCAAAGGGCUGGAGGUCAACGAGAGCCUCAAAGUUCUGAAGCUUUUCCUGAACCCUAUGAGUAUGGAUGGGGCUGUUUCACUUAUCCUGUCCCUCAAGAGGAACCCCAAAUCCAAGAUGGAAGAGAUCGACAUUUCCAAUGUGCUGGUGUCUGAGCAGUUCCUAAAAAUAUUGGACGGGGUGUGUGCCAUCCACCCCCAGCUGGAUGUGCUGUACAAGUCCGUGCAAGGCUUCUCUACCAAGAAAGCGCUCCUCCAGUGGACGAACCCCAUGAAACUGAUCCAGAGCUAUGCCGACCAGCACAAAAUCACAGUCCUCGACUUCUUCAAGAGCUUGAACCCUAAGGGAAUGAUGACGAUGCCUGUGGGGGACUUCCGGAAGGCCAUGAUACAGCAGGACAUGGUCCCCGUAAACCUGCACCAAGUCAGGGAGCUGAUAAAGAAGCUGGAUGACAAGACAGGCAUGGUGAACUUCAGUCUCUCUCACAAGGGCUCGGCACAGCGGAUCCCGUGCAAUCCCUGUGCCGAAGGGGGUGCACGUUCUGAAUGUCAACCUACAGCCAAACCCUUGCCAACAACGUGAACCAGCUCACUGCCCCGUCCCCGGGCCGGCACGGAGACUUACCCAAGUUCAACCCUCUGCCACCAGGAGGGGUGGGCGGACACAUGGUCUCUCGUGGAUCGGAGUCUGCCUAGACAUUCCCGCCAGCCUGCCCCGAGCCUUCACUGACACUUUGUAUCCCCUCACCUUUCAAACCAGUCUCCUGAACACGGCGAAGCCAUAGCAACAAGUCUGGUCUGGAAAGAAGUCCUGGCGACCCAGAAGUCCUGGCAAGUCAGACGGUGGCAGGGAGGAAGCGGAGAUCUGUCUGAAACCCCCGUAGACACACAUCAAUGCCAGGCUGUGAGCGAGCCAAUAAAGUCUGCCUGGGUCUCCGCGUCUCUGGGCUGCUGGUGGGGUGCCCUUCCCCCGGGGGCAGCACGGCCUCAUCUGAGUGACCAGCAGGGGGCGCAUCCUCAGCAGCCUUGGUGAAGCUGUGAAAACAAAUUGGGAAUGCGAUGGGGUUGUUGCUAGGCAGCAAGAGAAAAGCGGGGAGUGGGAGCAGGGGAGACCAGUGCAAAACAGUGGUCAUCAUAGUAAACGUAAACUGUGUCCAGGAGAGAGACUUCUGAGAUGCUGGAAGCUGCGGUUGAGGGAACAGAUGCUCAUGAAACGAGAUCGGGGACCUCUGGAAGCAAAAUGCUGAGGGGCCACGUGGAGAGAGCCCAGGAUGGGAGACGGAGACCUGGUAUGUGGUCGUGGCCUGGCGCUACCUAGCCACCUGACCUUGGAGCCUUAUGCUUCCAUCUGAAAAGUAGGACAGCUGAACAAAAGGCUUCCUAAUCUGUUCUGGGGAAUCCAUUACUCCGCACUUCUUUUCUAAAAUUCCUUGGAAGCUAGGGAGAAAAGGGCUGCUUAGCAUAAAAUCAGAGAUAGUCAAGACCAGCCUGAGCUGCACAGGUAGGGGGAUGGGUACCUUAAAGGCUUCUGAUCAACCUGGCCAGUUAUCUUUGUGGAUCAACAAAGGCAGGGACCAAAGCAUGCAUUUCUGUAGCACCACACAACACCUGGCACUUGGCAGAUGCUCAAUAAAACCCACGGAAUGGACAAAUGCACGCACGUGGCAAUCGUUUGGGGCAGGUGAUGGGAAACUGGGAAAAUUGGGGGGUAACCAAGAACCGACGCUUGGAGCACCGGUGGAGUGCCAGACCAGCGUCUAGGCACCCAGUUACCACCCUGGGUUCCACUUUGCGUCACUGGGGGUCGAGCUGAUGCCAAGACCUCUCUGCACAUGGGGCAGAACCGUUAUUCGAAGUAAUUCAUGCCUCCUCCCCACAGUGCAUUUUCCCCCUUCCCUUCCUUAAUCGACAUGUUAGUCUGUGGUUGAAUUUCCAUUGCUUGGGUGGCAUGGGAGCUCGGAGUCAAAAUGAGGAUAAUG